AUUGUAUUUAAUUACUUAAUAAUAAUAAUGCUUUUUUAUUGUCAACAAACUUAACUGUUGACAUCAUUAAUUACCUUUAUCAGAUGUUAAUUAAUAUAGGAACAAUAUUUGUUAUUGUUAAUUCAGCUCUCUGCAAUGCAAAAUAAAAACUUUUAGAAUUACAAAUGAAUUGAAUAAAUGUACUUCGGACGUUUCUACAGUAAAAUACUCUUUAUUAUAUGACUAAUAUUGUGGAGUAAGCUUUAAGACAUAAAUUUCAACGGCUUUGGAUGCGCGUUGCCAAUCGCGAUUAAUUCUAAUGAUAAGCAGAUUUUUGUAAUUAGAGAUGAUGCACAACGAUGGAAUGAUAGUCGCUUACAUAAUGCCGAUCCUACAACGAUAUGUCGUUACUUGUGAUUUAUUACAAAAAACCGAACGGUAGCGAGUGAGUCGGUGCGAGACCGUCUAUCAACGAAGUACGGACACUCUCGCGUCAAGUGUGUGCGAAUAAAGUACUGGGUCAGAGAGCAGCGAUCUACGGUGCACAAUGGCUAAGUGGUGCAGAAAAGAUAAAUGGCGCAAGUAUGUUACGCGAAGAUUGCCAUUUCUCGGCUGGGCGCCGCGAUACAAACCCACGUGGCUCCUGCAGGAUGCGUUGGCCGGCAUCACGGUCGGUCUCACAGCCGUGCCUCAAGGCAUCGCUUACGGUACCGUUGCCGGUUUAAAUCCUCAGUACGGACUGUACGCAGCAUUCAUGCCAUCGUUUAUUUACGUCAUUUUCGGUUCAUGCGAAAACAUCACCAUCGGCCCGACAGCCAUUAUGGCCACCAUGGUUCAGCCGUUGGUCGCAAAUUACGGUGCUGACAUAGCGGUGCUGAUCGCCUUUUUGAAAGGCUGCAUAAUCGCAUUUCUAGGAAUUUUUCACUUAGGCUUCUUGCUGGAUUUCAUAUCGCUUCCAGUAAUCACUGGCUUUACUUCAGCCGCGGCGAUCAAUAUAGCGUCUUCCCAGUUCAAGUCGCUUCUAGGCAUUCCCGGCAGAACCGAGAGUUUUCUGGAUUCCUUAAAAGCGAUCUUCAACAAUCUCCACGAGAUCCGGUACGAAGAUACUUUGCUGGGAGUCGGAACAAUCGUUGUUUUAGUUCUGCUCAAGAACAUACCAGGCCGACGUAAAGGAACAAUUGUUCAAAAAAUAGGAUGGCUUCUCGCCCUGUCUCGCAACGCGUUAGUCGUAAUUGUAGGCACGGUUAUGGCAUACCUCUUCUACGUUAAUAAUCCAGAUAAUCCUUUUCCCUUCAAAUUAACGGGAUCGAUGGAUCAGGGUUUGCCACCGUUUGCGCCCCCGCCAUUCUCCACAACCUUUCAAAAUCGGACCUACGAAUUUUUAGAAUUAACCAGCGCAAUGGGAACGACGCUGUUCACGAUACCGAUUGUGUCGACUAUCGAGCACAUAGCCAUCGCGAAAGCCUUUGCAAAGGGCAAAUCUCUGGACGCCACGCAGGAGAUGAUCGCUUUGGGAAUCUGCAAUAUCUUCGGAUCUUUCGUCCGCUCAAUGCCGGUCACAGGAUCAUUCACACGAACAGCCGUCAAUCACGCGUCCGGCGUGAGAACUCCUUUGGGGGGAAUAUUUACAGGUGGUCUGGUGUUGCUCGCGCUCGGUCUUCUGACCUCUACCUUCCGAUUUAUACCAAAAGCGGUAUUAGCCGGCCUCAUCAUAUGCGCCAUGUACUACAUGCUUGAUUUUUCAACGUACACCUUGCUUUGGCACGCUAGAAAGGUCGAUUUCAUCGUGAUGAUCUUGACGUUGUUUCCAUGCGUCUUUCUUGGUCUGGAGUAUGGAAUAUUAAUUGGCAUUUUGGUCAAUUUUGUAGCGUUACUGUAUUUUUCAGCAAAACCGUGCAUUCAGACAAAAAUUGAACAGAUCGAAGGGGAAACCGUGAUAGUUGUCAUACCCGAAGAGGCGGUGGCUUUCCCGGCGGCGGAGCGUUUACGCGCUAGCAUAAUGAAGCUUUCCGGUGAGAGCGAAUGCAAUGUGAUACUGGAUUGUAAAAACCUCAAGAGGAUUGACGUUACGGUCGCUAAGAAUUUGAAGCUUUUGGCAAAGGAUCUGUCAGUACGUGGACAAACGAUUGUCUGCAGUAAUUGCUGCGAGAACAUAGACGUCAUUCUGAGGACCGUAGCACCGGAACUAUUAAACGUCAAAGAGAACGGAGCUCAUCACGGCUGAGGGAAACUCUUCCUUCAGACAUCACAAAACGAGCUCAUUAGAAUCUGCGGAUGACUACUGUGAUUUAGGCGGUCACAUAAGAUUUAAAUAAAAAUACAAAUUUGACUGUCAGAUUCUUUCUUCUAACGCAGUGCUAUUUCUCUCGAGUUGGGCAGUAAAGUAUUUACUGUUCAUUAAGUUGUUUGUCCGAAUCGCACGCGCAAUUUGUGCGGUCCAAAGAAAAAGCGCGGGAAAACGCUUGAACAAAAUAGAACAAAAAUAGUAGAAAUGUAAUGUAAACGUAGACUAUGCAAGGUAAUAAAUAAACUUUGUUUUUACAAUUCGAACGUUUCUAUUCAAUUGCCUCGUUAGUUCUCUCUUCUCUUAAAAAAAAGUCGAGUGUAAUAACGUUCUCUUGAAUCAUUAUCUCAAUGUCAUUUGUCGCUAUUUUUAUCGCGAUGCUGAUUGGUUGUUUUUGCGGUUUGCUUCGCGUAACAUUGAGCCAAAUAAGUUUAACAGUUUUUAAUUUCGUUUCUUUAAAACAAUAGUCUGUUUUCAACACAAGACGUUUCGAUACUAGAAUUUUGUUAAAUUUUGACCCAAUCUCUGAUGAUAACUGCCAGUGUGUUGUUCCAUUGUCUCGUUUUCGCGCAAAAUCCAGUAACAGAUCUUGCAGUAUGGUUUACAGUGAAACUUAACAUGCGUAGAUAGAGAAAAUAAAGUGGCGAUUGGUUCCUGACAGAAAUUACAUUUGUAUUCUAAA